GUGACGUCAGAAGCGAAAGUGAAAGUGAGAGGCAGAUCACGAGCGCGAGAGAGCAAAGCGGAAUAAUGUCAGGAUUGUGAAGUUUACACGGAACAGUGGAGUUCUUAUCUCCUGGUUUACUCCACUUGUCUCCACCUGUGCAGUGCUGAUGGUGGUGCUGUGUCUCCUCCACCAUGCAGUCCUGCAGCAUUCAUCACUGUGUCCUGUUCUUCCUCACCCUCACAUUCACCACUGUCCCUGCACUGGCCUUCACUUCUGUAACAGUGAAGCUUCAUCAGUCUGCUACGCUCCCAUGCAAUUCCAGAUGUUCUGGUUUUGUGAAAUGGACCAUGUUCCAUAAUCCAGACUAUAUUCUGGCUCAGUGUGAUCAGACAGCAUGCAGGUCAGAGAAGGGAUAUGAAGUGUCUCAUGAUCAGUACCUGCAGGGGAAGCCACAUCUCACCAUCACUGCAGUAGAUUACAGUAAGCGGGCCUUAUACACGUGUCAGUGUGACGGUGUAGAGGUCUGUGAUGUGCGUCUCGUCAUUGAUACUUUGACGUCGUCAGUUCAGUUAAACCCUGGUGAAGCUCUGGUGAUGGAUUUGCCCGUACCAGAGCCAGUGGAGGUGAUUUAUAAGCCCAUAGAUUCAGCUGGUUUAUACGGUGAACAGAUCUGUACAGUGACUCAACGCUCACUACAGUGUAAAACUGAGUACACACGCAGAGCAUCACUCAGUUACCCAAACAUCACACUGAGAGACGUGAACAUGUCUGAUAGUGGAAGUUACACCAUCCGGGACAGGAAGAAUGAUGAAGUCAUUCAUAUAUACACACUCAUUGUGAAAGUAGUCCAGCCAGAAUCAGAAGGAAAGCUGGUGAGUCACUGGGUGCAUGGAGUGAUAGUGGGGAUACUGCUGCUGAUCCUAAUGAUUGUGGGAGCAGGGUUUGUGCUGAAGAAUUGGCAUGUAAAGCGUCUGAAGAAGGAAAAAGCAGACCUGGAGGAAACUAUUAAACUAAACGAAUCAGUGACAGAGGGGGAUAAUCACCGGCAGAGAGCGAACAGUGAUGCAGAAGCGGCACAGUUAAUAAAGCAGAUGCUAAAGGUGGACACGCUCAUACAGCAGUACAAAACUGAAUCAGUGAGAACAUCUCAGAGCUGGACGAGUCUGAACGACAUUCCAGUGGUGGAAUUGUUGAAGAGGAAAAAGGCAGAAUUGGAUGAGAUUUUACAGGGCAGGGAGAUCUUGGAGCAGGACACAAUCGGCCAGUGGUGGAGUUUGAAAAGGCCAGAACUGGACGCAAUCAUAGAGCACUGGAAAAAGUACGACGCAGAACCGGACCAGAUCAUCCAGGUGGAACAAUGUUCUAGCGCACAAGAACUUUGCAAUCAAUAGGAACAGUAUGAUCAGUAUCAACAGAAUGAUCAGGGAAGCCUAUUUCAGGUUUGAUCUAACUGCACUAGUAUAUUUUUGCCAUGAAAUCCAGGGAGACAGAUGCAAGUGCAGUGUGUCUUUAAUAGUUAAACAACUAAUAAACAAACAAGACAGGAAAAGACUAGAACAAAUAAAGGACUAAACUAAGGCAAGUCAAGGUAUACUCAACAUGAAAACAAAAGCUGCUCAUGGUGCAAAUACAACACCAUAACAGUAACAAUACAGAAUAAUGUUUGGCCUCUAAGGAGCAAAAAAAAAAACACAACAUAAA